UCCGCGUUGAGUCAAGCUUCUCAGAGCGCAAGAGAAAAUGGCUGCGCCCUUAGAAACAUGCCAUGUCGCUUGCUGUGCCAACCGCGCGGGGCCCGGCGUCGUGUCUUGGGGGAGCGGGGGGCUCGUGGCCUUCGGCUCCUGCCACUCAGUCGUGCUUUACGACCCGCAGAAAAGAAAAGUAGUUGCUACACUGAAUGGUCAUACUGGAAGGGUUAAUUGUGUACAAUGGAUUCAAAGACAUGAUGGAUCUUUUCCAAGGGAAUUGAUUUCUGGAGCAUCAGACAAACAUCUUAUUAUUUGGGAAUUACAAAAUGAGAAGCUUGUGAAGUGCACUCAUCUUGAAGGUCACACCGAAGCAGUGUGUGCUUUGGAUGCUGUUUACAUGACAAAUGGCUCUAUAGCAGAGUUAGCUUUACUCAUAGCUUCUGCAGCAUCGGACUCAACAGUUAGAAUUUGGUCUAAACAAGGAAAAGAAGUUCAAUGUCUUCAGAAACUUCUCUUUGGAAAUGGGUUUGCAAUGGAUGUUUCUUUGUCCUUCUUGCCUGGCAGCAAUAUACCAGUUCUAGCUUGUGGUGGAGAUGACUGUAAAAUUCAUCUAUAUGUACAACAAGCUGAACAGUUUCAAAAAACUUUGGUACUUCAUGGCCAUGAAGACUGGAUAAGAGGAGUCGAAUGGACAGUUAAUGAUGGGCAUCUCUUCUUGGCAAGCUGUGCUCAGGAUUGUCUGAUAAGGCUCUGGAAGAUGCAUGUUACAUCAUCACUUGAGGAAAUCCAAGAUGAGGACAUCAUUAGGUUGAAGGAGAACAUUUUCACUGCAAGAGAUAAUGGCGGUAAGAUAUCUUUUGCUGUCACACUGGACUCUGUCUUAGCUGGACAUGAAAACUGGGUCUAUGCUGUCCAUUGGCAGCCUUCCUUUGUCAAAGAUGGCAGAAUGGAACAGCCAAUGCGGCUCCUGUCUGCUUCAACAGAUAAAACUGUGAUCCUGUGGGCUCCGGAUGAUGAAUCUGGGGUGUGGUUGGAACAGGUCCGAGUGGGAGAAGUGGGUGGAAAUACACUUGGGUUUUUUGACUGUCACUUCAGCCCAGAUGGCUCAAUGAUUCUUGCUCAUGCGUUCCAUGGAGCCCUGCAUCUUUGGAAACAGAAAACAGAAAACAAGGGAGAGUGGAUCCCACAAGUGGUGAUUUCAGGACAUUUCAGUGGUGUGCAAGAUGUGAAAUGGGAUCCAGAAGGAGAAUUUAUCAUUUCUGUUGGCUCGGACCAAACCACAAGAAUCUUUGCUCCAUGGAAAAAAGGGAACAAAGAAGAGGUAUCGUGGCACGAAAUGGCAAGGCCUCAAGUCCACGGGUAUGACAUGCAGUGCCUAGCAAUGAUUGGAAGGUUUCAAUUUGUAUCUGGAGCAGAUGAGAAGGUUCUUCGUGUUUUUACUGCGCCCAGAAAUUUCAUUGAAAACUUCAGCAGCCUUUCUGGUAUAUCUCUGGAGAAACUGUGUUCUGGUCAAAUGAUCAAUCUUCCAGAAGGGGCUACUGUACCAGCCUUGGGUUUGUCCAAUAAGGCUGUGUUUCAAGCUGAAGAUACAGCAGUUCAAGCAACUGAAGAUGAAGAACAACUUAGUAAUGCUUCCAGUCAGUAUCGUGAGAAUUACUUUCAACCAUGUAGUCUAGCAGAACCUCCCACAGAAGAUCAUCUCUUGCAGAACACACUGUGGCCUGAAACGCAAAAGUUGUAUGGCCACGGCUAUGAAAUUUUUUGUGUCGCCUGCAAUCACACCAAAACUAUUAUCGCCUCAGCAUGCAAGGCUUCUAAGAAAGAACAUGCAGCCAUUAUUUUGUGGAGCACUCGAACUUGGAAGCAGCUGCAGAGCUUACCUUUCCACAAUCUGACGGUGACACAGCUUUCUUUUUCCCCCAAUGAUGAAUUCUUACUAGCAGUUUCAAGAGACAGAAAAUGGUCACUCUGGAAAUGUAAAGAUAUCGAUCCAACAGAAUCAGAACCAACUUUUUACCUUUUUGCUUGCACUGACCCUAACGUAGCUGGGCACAGUCGCAUCAUUUGGUCCUGUGACUGGACGGCAGAUAGCAAGUACUUUAUUACUGGAAGCAGAGACAGAAAGGUUAUGAUCUGGGGCAAAUGUUGUUCAAAAGAGGAGAAUAAAGAGAAUGCCACGGGACUGAUACACCUCUGUUCAACAGCCCUGGAUGUUGGAGAUUCUGUCACUGCUGUUAGUGCCAGUCACGUGCUUGCUUCUGAUGGGAGCUACAUCAUUGCAAUAGGGACAGAAAGUGGGAAGAUUUACUUGUACAAAUGGAAACCAGGAGACAACGAGAAGCUGCCACUAUCUGAUUGGACCAAAUGUGCUGAGACAAAUGACAGCCAAAGCCACACUCUUGUUGUCAAGCAGCUGUGCUGGAGAAAAUGCGUGGGCAGAGCUGGGCAGGACGCAGCGGCAGAGAGCACCGAAUGGCUCCAGCUGGCGAGCGCUGGGGCCGACUGCUGUGUCAAGAUCUUCAAUAUUAAUAGAGGCGGGCUUUAGACAAUGCCUUUGGAGCCAGAUGGGCCGAUUUCUUGACAUGCCGGAAUAUGCUCCCUUUCCUAAGCAGAUACACACACACACACAAGCUGUGCCCGCCACACAUUGCUGUGGCCAACCUUCCCUCCCUCUUUCUCUCCUUCUUUCCCUCCUUCCUUCGCUCCCUCUUUCCUUCUCCUUUCUUCUUUCCUUCUCUCCUUCUUUCUCUACCUUUCCUUCCUCCCUUUUUCUUUUCCUUCCCCUUCUCUCCUUUCUUCCUUCUCUACCUCUUUCCCUCCUUCCUUUGCUCCCUCUUUCCUUCCUUUCCUUUUUUCUUUCCUUCUCUCAUUCCUUCUCUAUCUCUUUCCUUCCCCCUUUUUCUUUUCCUUUCUCUUUCCUUCUCUACCACUUUCCUUUCUUCCUUUGCUUUUUGCUUGCAUCCUUCCUUCUGUCUUUCAUUCCCUCCCUUUUUCUCUCGUUCUUUCUCUUCUUCUUUCUCUCCCUCUCCCUCUUCCCUUCCUUUCCUUUUUUCUUUCCUUCUCUCCUUCCUUUCUUCUCUACCUCUUUCUUUCCAUCCCCCUUUUUCUUUUCCUCUUUCUCUUUCCCUCUCUACCUCUUUCCUUCCUUCCUUUGCUUUUUGCUUCCAUUCUUUCUUCUGUCUUUACUUCCUUUCCUUUCCUUCCAUUCCUUUUUCUUUCCUUCUCUCCUUCCUUCCUUCUCUAUCUCUUUCUUUCCUUCCCCCUUUUCUUUUCCUCCUUCUCUUUCCUUCUCUACCUCUUUCCUUCCUUUGCUUUUUGCUUCCAUCCUUCCUUCUCUCUUUACUUCCCUCUCUUUUUCUCU